GUAUAGAACAGCUCUUAGUCUUGUUGGUGGAAGGUGGUGUGGCGGACGUUGUGUUUCUAUAUGAAUGCACUGUAUUUUUUUCACAUUUCCUAACCUGCUGGACUUGAGAAAUACACGAUCCGCAACCAGUGAGGCGGGCGUGUCUGUACCGUGCAGGGGAGAGUGUGUUGCCUGUCGUGUACAAGCUGGGGGCGGUGAAUCUUGAGUUAAAAGUGGAGGAGGAGGAGGAAGCCCAUUACUUUCCUAAGGGUCUUUAAAAGCUAUACUCGUUGUGGUGUUUGUGUUAGAUGCACGGCGGGCUGACGGUGUUGAGCCUAGUGUGUCAUAAGUCCUGACAAAUGUGACGAGAUUUAAGGACAAUAUUUCGUGUUUACCGUGUACGUGUGUGUGUGCGCGCGUGUGUAUGUAUACGCCACCACCAGUCACCACCACCAUCACCACUACCAGUUGAGACAAAGGCCAUGGUGAUGAUCCUGCUCAGGCCACGCGGCACUGCCCUCCUUCACCCGCACGCCACCGACGCCACUGCUGCUGCUGCUGCUGUCACCCUCGCAGCCGCCUCCUCUCUUGCUGCGGUUUCUGCCAUCAUGGUGAGAGUGGGCGGCGGGUGUCCCAGCGAGGAGCCGUAGUGCUGAGCCUAACAUGUCGAGGGUUGUGCCGGCCCCAUGCGUCCCAUGGGUGUGAUCACGUGUGCAGCCCCCAUGAACACCUCCAGCAAUGUCACUUACACUCACAAGAAGUUCAAGCGAGCCCCCAUUGAAGCUUCGGAGGCCCUUGACCACCAGCACCCUCCUCCCCUGCAGAGGGAGGCCCCAGCCGUCCCUAACAAGGCCUCCACACUCUGCAUAGAGACUCCCCUCACCCCCACCAAUGGCCUACUGGUCACCUCCCCGGCCUCCAUCCCUGCUGCAGCCACCAGCCCCGCCGCUCCUGAGGUGGAGGAGGCCAGGAGGAGGAAUGGCCGUGGAGGGAAGUACAAGUGUGAGUACUGUGGCAUGGGGUGUGCCAAGCCAUCAGUGCUGGACAAGCACAAGCGGACACACACCAACGAGCGGCCGUACAGCUGCAGCCAGUGCAGUACUGCCUUCAAGACCAAGAGCAACUACCUGAAGCACACGCGCUCGCGCUCCCAUGCCCUACGCCUGGACGGCCCCGAGGGCAGCGAUGGGGCAGUGGAGUCUGGAGACAAUGGGGACGGAGAGGAGGGCACCCGCUAUCCUGGCGGCCAGCAAUGCCUCCCGCUGGAUGUUUCCUUGGCAAGACACCCUGAUCCACCCAGCUCUUCCAUGGCUACUCUGGGAGCCCCAGAUGCCUCCAGGGACCAUGGGAGCUCCAUAUACAAACCCAAGUUCCGGGUGAGGCCUCAGUACCUCAUGGGUGAGGAGGAGGUCUCGCCCCCAAGACCUGAACACCAGACCACACCCCCAAGAGACCCUCCCGAUGGACAUGCAGCCAUCACCUCAACAUAUCAUGCUCCUUCCACCCUUAGUCACCCUGGUGCUCACCCUGGCCAUCCUGGCCUCCCCCGUCACUGCCGACCCCCGCAGGAAGUCCGCUCGGCCCCAAGAAAGGAGGAUGUUGGUAUUACUGGCCCCAGCAGCUCCUCACCUUCCCUGAAGAGUGUCACUCUGUGGAAGGGCAUAGAGCCUCCUAGCCCAGAGGUGGUGGGGCAACACAUCAACAAGCUCAUUGUGGAGAACGAGGCCAUCAUAGAAACCCACACCCUGUGGCCCCGUCGCUACAAGAGGCAGCCCAGCCUGGGAUCCUCUUCCAGUGAGAGUGAGAGCUCUGGCAGCGGCAGUAGUCGGAGGGGCAGUUUGGCUGACCCCGUCACUAAGAGUUCAAAGGGCAGUGUGCCUGCCCCAACCCUGCAGGGUCAGCUCAGGGAGAGGAGUCACUCCCUCACCACAGAGGCCAUGCUGGCUGAUUCCCGGUGUUCGUACAGUCCCCGUCUUCCACCCACCACCCUUCACCUGCCUCUUGCUCAGCCUACGGCCAGUGCUUCCAAACCUUCCAUAUCAUUGCCAGGACUCACUACCUCUUACUCUCAGUCACCACCUCCCCACCUCGAGUCCAGCCUCUAUGAAGUCUCAAGGAAGAGGUGCCUGUCCGAGGGGCCCGGCAUCCCCAGGGACCUCACCAAGGGUCGCCCCACUCGCCCACUGGAGGACCAAGCUGAUCUACAAAGGCAACAUCACCCGAGAAAUCCUGAAGGUUCGGUCAUCAAGAACUUGCUUCUGGGAUCCCAGGCUUCCAUGGACCAGCGUGGGCGACUUGUGCCCCACGGUGAUGUGGGGUCCUUCCCCUGCAGCAGGUGCCGGAUGCCCUUCAGGACGCUGGAGGACCUGGAUGUCCACAUGCACCACUUCUGUGGCCAACGGUCAGGGCUCAGCAGUGACAGGGGCACCCCAGAGCUGAUCAAGAAUGGGGAGGGUGGCCGGUGGGUUGGGGAGCAGGAUGUGGCGCUUGACCUCCACGUAAAACAUGACUCAGUGGAUCUUGAGCGGAGUUCCUCACGAAGUUCUUGUGGGGUGGAGGACCUCUCUCAAGAGUCCCACAUACAGCAACAGUCCCCAAAGGUGCAUCGUAGCAGAUCUGCUCCCGACGGCACUGCUCCUCAUGUCAAGAAGAGGAAGCAGUCGGCCCCGGACGAGUGUUCCCUUCCAUUCAACCCCAAGAGUCUUGAGGCUGGCAAGCUGAAGAACCACCAGCUGUUUGGAGGUGAAGUGCAGAUCUGUGAUGGUCAUGAACGCAAGACCAUGAGGAUAGAUCCCGGCCAGCAGGCCAGCCCAGCCCUGGAAAUCUGUAUACCACCCCAGCAGUUAGGUGGAGGAGCCCUGGCUAAGGCAGAGAGUUCAGUGCCCACAUCUGUGGUGGUGACCAUUGCUAAAUCAAGCCUCCACUCAGGUGGUACCAUGGUGCAGGUAGAGAGUCAGCUUAGCACCACCACUAAGACCACUCCCAGCCUUGUGACCUCAGCUUCCCACCACAAGGAGCAGCCCACACCCACCAUUGCCAAGGUUGUCCAUCCCACCACCCCUUACGCUGCUGAAGGCAGCCACUUCCCAUCCUUUCCUUACUUUACAGAGUUUGCACCCCACCUGCAGCUCCCAAACCUAGCCAUUCCUGGCAUCCCUACCCCAGACCUGGGCAGCCUGUCCUUCACUAACUACUGUCCACGAGUCCCUAAUCCAACCCUCCUCCAUCCUCAGACCACCAUUGCCCACACUGCACCCAACAACCACAAGCAAAAUGUACCCCGGUCCCCAGCUGAUUUGCCUAAAGCCCCAUUCACUCCUCCUUUCCCCGGGGCUCAGGGACAGGCCUCAUCAGGUGUAAUACAUGGGGGUGUGGUCCGUGCUGCACCUCCAGAGGCAGAGUCGAACCUCUCCCAGCCUCGGGACAAAGAAAAAGAUCCCUUAGUGGGUAAGGGACUGCCAAAGCAUGGACUGCCCACUCUUAUACCAUUUGGAGACACCAAAGUGCCACACGUGCCUGGCAUCCCUGGACCAUACUCCCAGCCCAGCCCAGUGUGUCCCUUACCAAACGGGGGCCAACGGCGACAGCCAGCCAUCUUCACCCUCCCAUCACAGACCUGUGUGACCUUCAGUGCUCCCAUCACUUCCGUCCCAGUCAGUUCCUUGAGGGAGACGAGUCUGGCUGUGCCAAGACCACGUGAGCCUCCCAGGAGCCCUGGGAGGGAGCGUGGUCCUGCUGGGAUCAGCACCCUGAGGCUUCCGCAACACCUCCCUCACAAGGACCUCCUCAGCCCCAGACCCAGGCCCUCCCUUGGUUCCCCCAGACUUCCAGAACUGAAGCCCAUCAACCAGGAGACCAAGCUGCUCCCUGCCCCACCAGAACCCAAGAUCUCAGAGAGGGUAGCCGCAUCCCCUGAACUCCGCCAAUCAGACACUCCCAGCAAGAGUGAUGCUGCUGACCAAGAGUUUCUGCCCCCAAGAAAACGUCCAAAUUUUUUGGCCCUAAAGCCACAACCCUUUGUUCCCAAGUCAUCCUUGGCUCUGAUGGGCACCACCCUGGUGAGCCCCGACACACCACGUCCUAAGAAGAGCUGCGUGCAAAUGUUCCUUAAUGGCUCAGCAUACACCUACUUGGGCCACAAGGUGUCCACCAAGACUUACUAUUGCUGCAUUUACCGGCAGCAGCCCAUGUAUGCACCGCAGGGGCCCAACUCCAAGCUUUCCAUGUACUCCAACUGGCAGAUCAAGCCGGAAGAUCCGUUCAAGCUGGUGCCCUGCCCUGCCAUGAGCCUGUACCAGUCCUGCAAGCGGGACCGCACCUUCACCGUGGCCCAGCCUAAGGAGCUUGACCUCAUCCAGACCCACUCUUCCUACUGGACCUUCAAGCAGAAGAAGGAGAAGCACAAGGAGGAGGAGGCCAGGCAAGGGGACAAAGAGGCACCUGAGAUAAAGAGUGAGGAGCCUACCAGUGCCAGCAGUGCCAAGGCAACAGAAGCUAGCUCAGAGGAGGCACCUGGUGUUGUCAUCAAGAGGGAGGCUGAGGACACCAGUGGGGACUGUCCUGGCCGCAGCAGUGACGACAGCGAAGGAACAGAGAGCAUCAGCAGCAACAAGCGCAUCAAGAUCUUUGAGGGCGGCUUCAAGAGCACUGAGGACUACACCUAUGUGCGGGGCCGUGGCCGCGGCCGGUACGUGUGUGGCACCUGUGGCAUCCGCUGCAAGAAGCCCUCCAUGCUCAGGAAACAUUGCCGCACACAUACCGACCUCCGCCCCUACGCAUGCAGCCACUGCUCCUUCAGCUUCAAGACCAAGGGCAACCUGACCAAACACCUGCGUUCCAAGGCUCACUACAAGCGGUGUGUGGAGAUGGGGGUGGUGCCGGUGCCCACCGUAGUGGAUGAGAGUCAUGUCAAUGAGGCAGCCCUGGCUUGGCAGGAUAAACUUGAGCAGGAGAGGAAACCUGACAGUCUGGAUGGUGAAGAUGAUGAUGAGGAUGAGGAUGAGGAUGAAGAAGAGGAUGUGGAUGAUGAGGAUGAAGAUGAAGAAGAUGAGGCAGCGAUGGAAGGCCACCAGUUCCAGGAUGCUCACGAGCACCACAGCAAGGGAGUGAUUACCCCUGGCACCUCCCACAGUGCCUCUGGCCCUGCCAUCACGUGCCCUGGGGAUAUCACUGGCAGUGCAGGCCUCCCCUCCUCCAGAUCUGGAGUGCUGGUGAUGCAGCACACUCCCAUUCCCUCCCUUCCAUCUUUCUCUUCCUCUUCUUCAUUGUCCAACUCUUCCUUAUCCAUACCUUCUUCCACCUCUACCACCAGCACCACCACCAUCACCCCUGCUGUCACUGUCACCACUUCCUCCUCCUUGUCCUCUGUUCCAUCCUCCUCUGCCUCCCCAUCUUCCAGCAGUUCCUCCUCACGGGUGGACUCCUCUAGGGACAGCCCCAUGGACCUCAGUGUGAGGCGUGGGGUGGGAGGUGGGGCAGCAGACAAGGCUGCUCCACACAGGCCCAGUUUCCUGCCUGUGUUGAGUCGGUCAGCACUGCUAGAGUCACCCGGCCUUCCCUCCCCCUCCACCCCAAUUCGGGAGCAUCCCUCAGAGAUCCUGUCUCCCGUCACGGAGUCGUCCAGCCUCCUCAAGUCCAUCUACCAGACCACAGAGCGUGCAGCACAGGUUUCCGCUGUGGUGCUGGACCCCAGCACUGAGAAUGGCAGCAGUCGCUCCAUGCUGAACGCCUACCUCAGGGAGCGGGCUGUCCUGGACACAGCCAUCAAGCGUCAGCAGUACAGCUUCUCAGAUGCCUCGCCUGGUUCUCCUCAUCUACCUCCUGGGGAGUCCCAGGGGCAGGAGCAGGCUGCUGCUGCUGCAAGCCAGGAGGGCAAGAAUGGAGAAAGGAUCAGUCCCUCAGCACCUCUUUCCAACACAUCCAACACCACCAGCACCUUCACCACUUCCACCACCAUCUCUAACUCUGCCAUCAUCGUCACCUCCACCCAGGUCUCCUCCUCCUCCUCUGCCAGCAGCUCUGCCUCCAGGAUGCCCACACCUCCUGCCAACCUCACUGUCAUGAACAGUGGGGGCCUGGACACCAAGACGGCCUUCCUUGUGCCCAGCGGGGUGGUGCCGUCCUCCCUCAACAGGCUUACCAACGACGAUGGAAAGUGCAAAUGUACCUUCUGCCACAAGGAGUUCAACCGGCCUGCCCAGCUCAGCCUCCACAUGAACAUCCACUACAUGGAGCGCCCCUUCCGCUGCGACUCCUGUGCCGUCUCCUUCAGGACCAAUGGCCACCUGCAGAAACAUAAGCGCUCCGUCAGCCACUUCAACAAGGUGAACAUGAACAUGACCUUCGGGACGCCCAGCACUGACAACCCCCGUCCUUUCAAGUGUCACGACUGCAAGAUUGCCUUCCGUAUCCACGGCCACCUGGCCAAGCACCUGCGCUCCAAGAUGCACAUCAUGAAACUGGAAUGCCUGGGCAAGCUGCCCUUCGGCACCUAUGCCGAGAUAGAGCGUUCUGGUGCCAACCUUAAUGAGAUAGACACUACAGACUGUGAUAACUCCCUGGAGAGUCUGCAGGCCAUGGCCUCCAGGCUGUACGAAAAGGACCCCACCAAGCUGGCUGCCUUGAGGAAGGGCCGAGAGCACCACCGCGUCCGCACCAUUAGUAACUCCUCUACUAACUCUGAUGACUACCCACUGCAGGAUGAUCAGGACGACCCUGUGGCAGGCAUUGGCCACGACGAAGACACAGAGGGUGAUGAUGAUGAGGAGGUGGGUGGGCCCAGGGACGCGGCCAGCCGAGGCAGCCUUCCUGGGGUGGCAGUGGGAGUGGGGGACAUCCACAGUCAGUCUCAGUCCUCUAUGGAGAUGGGAUUGAGUCCCUCAGCCAGCCUGCUGGCGUGUCACCUGUGUCAUGAGAAGUUCCUUGAGCCAGAGCACCUGAGCAGCCACCUGUAUAGUGUGCACAAAGUCUCUGUUUCAUACCGGAACAGCUAGCAUUCCCCCUUCAAUGUCCUCGGCUGGCAGGGGGAACACAAGCAGCUCUCGCACAAGGCAGGUCCUCUGUCCCCGAUGACUUGAGAUGUCUCCCUGUACCCAGCCACCCUCAUGCCCCCUGCCUGGUGCUUGCUUGAGUGCCUCGGGGUGUGUGAAGGGCCAGAGAGAAGGGUGUUAUGAACUGUGUUUGGCCAUUCAUUGUCCAAAAGCAACAAUUGCAAAAGUUUCCAAAACUGCAGUUGAUUUUUAUGCAUAACAAGAACUGUUUUGCUGAAGUGGCUUGUGAAAGUUUUGACAAACUUUGUCCAUAAUUUUCAUUGUGGCUCCAAGUGGUCUACUCUGUGCUCUGAAAAUGCUGACAUGCUGAACAGUCUAAAGUGAAUGAAGUGAGAUUCUGAGGUGAACAAUGGUGGCUCAAUAUUACACGUAUAAGUGAAUAUUUUGGAUAGAGAAUAUUUGUGGAUUUUAUAAAUACAUAUAAAAUUUAUCAGGCACUUAAAUUAUGCAUCAAAUGAAUCUUAGUUUCAGUAAAACCUGAGGCAGAUUUGAAAGGUUUAGAAACUUGUGAUAUUUUUUCUAAUAGGUUUCUGAUAUUAACAGUGGAUUCUGAUCCUCUCUGCGGGGCAAGACUGACACUGAUAUUACAGCUCCUAGCGAGCAGAGACCUGCAGGGUGCGUGUGAUGCUCAAGUGUGGUGUGUGUGGGGUGCUGCCUGGGCUGUCUUACUUCCAGUACAUAGCUAAUGCAGCUAAUACUAAUCUAUGUGUGAAGACAUUAUGUAUGUAUGUAUUUUUAUUGUAAAUUCUUUGUACUGAAAUAUCUUGUAUAGACACUGUGCCAAUAUCAGCUCACUUUGUUUUGAUUUCAUGGGAGAUGGAUAAUUUUCAGUUGUGUAAUGUUAAGUGUAUCAUCUGCUGUGCUCAAAGGCAUGGGAGCUUGUUGACCCCCGUAGACAUAUACUACUGUACCAUUCUUGUGUUGUGGGUUGUGCACCGGUCUGUGCUCAGAGUGCGGCCAGUUCCGUGACUGGCCAUAUUUUUACCUGGUCGACUCAUAGUGUCAUCAUCUUAUUUUUGCUGUACUAGUUGUAGAGUUUGUAUGAAUGUCAAAUGUUUCAACUUGCCAUAGGGAAAGAUAUUUUGGUGAAGAAUAUUGAUGUUUUUAUACAGCGACAAAAGAAGGCUUGAGUCAUUUUGUAGCGAGUGGCAAGUGGCGCCGUGAAGGGAACCACUGGGGUGUUUGGUCACACCAUUCAUCAUCACCUUCAGGUCUGACAGUAACCUUGAAAUCAGCAACUACUUCUCUUUAAAAAGACGUCAUUAACAAACUUAACUUUAACUUCUCAUGAGGUGAUCAAUAUGAAGAAGUGCAGACUGAGAGCGUCCCACAGCCAAGCCCCACCAGUGUCCCAGAGCGGUUCCUCGUGCCUGCCCCAGCGCAUGUGGUCUUGAUGCGUGGCUUGCAGUGACGUGUGUAGGAGGGAUGGUCACUUGGGGCUGCUGGCAUGUGCGACACCCCUGCUCACCUUAAUUCGAGCUUAAAAACCACAAACUGUUCCAUGCAAGAGUGAGAGCAAGUACUUGAAACCUUGGCCUCCCUCCCUAACAGUGCAGUGUGUGUGUGUGUGUGUGUGUGUGUGUGUGUGUGUGUGUGUGUGUGUGUGUGUGUGUGUGUGUGUGUGUGUGUAGACAAAGGUGACCAAGCUGGCUACUGGACCACCUCAUGCAGGGAAGCAGGAGGGCCACUACAAUGCUACAGCUGCACAACUCAGAGGGAGCACAAACUUUCCAACUGACAAUCCUUUUCUAUUUGAGGCAAAUAAUGAGGUAUGGUAUCUUGAGAGAGAGAGAGAGAGAGAGAGAGAGAGAGGUAUCAGGGAAUAUAUUGGUACUUUUAACUGUUAACUGUGAGUCUCUGGGAGCAUAAUUUUUGUUAUAAAGUUUAUUCAGUGUUUUUAAAAACUAGUAGAAACAUGUACAUCAGUUGUUGUUAUUUCAUAAAUGUAAAAAAAUGAUAAGAUGAUAUCCUUCAGCAUUUUAACCUGUUAGUGGUGACAGCAAUCCCAGAUCACUAUUGUGUUUGUUUCCAUGGACCAGUGGUGGGCGGCACCAGUGUCUGUAAGGGAGGAGGGAGGGUGGGAGUCUGUGGGUCAGUCCUCAGUGGAGUGAUGGUGUGGAUGGGUGAGGGAGUUGAGGGCUUAUUCUGCCACUGCCAUUUUGGGUCCAAAGUAACCUACAUUUUAAUUAAUACAUAUCUAAACAUAGUAGAUAAGCCUUAACAGAGACCAGUGAACCAGUAGAACAAUGCCUAUUCACCAGUAACAAUGCGCACCACCACACCAGUCCCCAGAAUGGCAUGGGGGAUGGCCACCUUGUCUGGGCCUCCAGAUGGCUCCCUCACACCUGCAGAUGAAAAACUAGAAUGAGAACAUCACCAGGAUCUAUUUUUGCACUGUUGUUAUUAUUACUAACGUUUAUUUUCUUGAACCAAGGACCAUGUUUCACUAACAGGGAAUGCCUUGCCACAAAGGAGAGUGUCACUGAGUGGGUUGUAUGUUCCUCUCACCAGCCUGCCUGUGUGACAUGGCAUGGUGGUGUGUGGUAGUGUGUGGUGUGUGGCUGGCAGCAGGUGUUAGUCAAACAUGUAGCCUUGGCAAGCAAUCCAUCAUGUUCUUAUAAGCCAAUCUUGCUCUUCUAAGUGUUAAUUUGGGCUUAAUUCUGUCUGGCCACUUUUUAUGAUGGACAGUAUCUAAUUUUGUUGGUACAAGAACAUACAUUUCUGAAGGUUUUGUAAAGUGUUUAUGUUAUUUUCAUUAUUAUUAUUAUUAUUAUUAUUAUUAUUAUUAUUAUUAUUAUUAUUAUUAUUAUUAUUAUUAUUAUUAUUAUUGCUGUUGUUACUACUACUACUACUACUACUAUCAUUAUCAACAUCAUUGCCAUCAUCAUUACUACUAUUACUGCUAUUAUUUUUGUGCAUAUUUUAAGAGGCACAUCUGAUGAAUAAUAAGUAUUUGGAUGAGUCCAUAUGACAAAAUGGAGAGUGUGUUUGAAGUUGUGUUGAAAUAUAUGUAGAAUUUAUUUGAUCAGAUUCUUCUUUCUUGAGCAUCAAUAAUUGUUACAUGUGUGUGUGUGUGUGUGUGUGUGUGUGUGUGUGUGUGUGUGUGUGUGUGUGUGUGUGUGUGUGUGUGUGUGUGUGCUUUGUAUUGUUUGUUACCUUAUAUGCAGCUGUGUGUGUGUGUGUGUGUGUGUGUGUGUGUGUGUGUGUGUGUGUGUGUAUGUGUACGUGCGCAUGAGCUCACACGUACGUUACUUUGUGCAAUCUAUAGUUUUAUUUUUAUUUAUACGAAGAGUCACAUUGCUGGUAAAUUUACGAUUUUUCCUUCUGAGUGACGAGCUGCUUGUAUUCCGUUACCAUGGACAGCUGCAUUGAACAGUAGUCAGACUCCUGCAGCCUACUGAAAACUUUUAUAAAUUAGUUGAAAUAUUUAGAUAUCUGCAUUUGAUUGUUGUAUGAAUCUGUAUAUAUGUAUAUUAAAAAUCCUUAUCA